CGCGUUUCCCUGCCUUGGUUGCAACAACCUCUCGCAGACUUGGCUUGGCUUGGCUUGGCUUGCAGCUUCGUUCCUCCCGUGUGCAGCUCACACCAUACUAUACCACUGUGCUGCGGUGCAGUGUUCACUGCACCCAUCUCCAGCUCGGGGCCUUUAUAGGCAAGCCUUUUCCGGCCCCGUGAUAAUUCUAGAGAGAGAGGGGAGGGCAGAGGGGUGAGAGAGAGGGAGAGAGCUGAGAAGGCAUGGCCAUGGAGAGCGAGGAGGGCGCCGCACUCUGCGGCCACCAAGAAUCGGCGGCGGCGGCGGCGGCCGUGAAGGGGGGAGGAGGGGGCGGCAAGAGGAGGAGGAAGGGGCAGCGGAGAGGGGGAGAAGGCGGGGAGAGGAAGAAGUACAAGCUGGUGAGCUACCACGAGCUGCCGGACUACAUGAAGGAGAACGAGUUCAUCCUCAACUACUACCGCUCCGAGUGGCCCAUCCUCAAUGCCGUCCUCAGCCUCUUCUCCUGGCACAACGAGACCAUCAACAUCUGGACGCAUCUCCUUGGCUUCAUGCUCUUCUUCGGCCUCACCCUGGUGCAUCUCGGCCAGUACUUCCCCCAGGUUGCUGAUCUGAUUGGGAACCUUUCCUGGCCAAUCUCAAAGGUUGCUGAAAAUGUCUCCAGCAAUAUUGGGGAUGUCUUAUCGGGUGCGGCGAUGUUCAUCCAGACGAACCCGACCCUGGCCUCGUACGGCAUGGCGGUGACGUCGCAGACGACGCGGUGGCCCUUCUUCGUGUUCCUCGCCGGCGCCAUGUUCUGCCUGCUGAGCAGCAGCGCGUGCCACCUGCUUUCGUGCCACUCGCACCGGCUGAACCUGUUCCUGAUCCGGCUCGACUACACGGGCAUCGCCGUCAUGAUCGUGGUGUCCUUCUUCCCUCCCAUCUACUACAUCUUCCAGUGCGAGCCGCACUGGCAGGUGGUGUACCUGUCGGCGAUCUCGGCGGCGGGCGUGGGCACGGUGUACGCGCUCAUGUCCCCGCGGCUGAGCGCCGCCCGGUACCGCGCCCACCGCGCGCUGCUGUUCGUGGGGAUGGGCCUGUCGGGGGUGGUGCCGGCGGUGCACGCGGCCGCCGUGAACUGGCACGAGCCCCGGCGGAACGUGACGCUGGCGUACGAGGGCGCCAUGGCGGCGUCAUACCUGACGGGCACCGCGUUCUACCUGACCCGGGUGCCCGAGCGGUGGAGGCCCGGCGCGUUCGACCUCGCCGGGCACAGCCACCAGAUCUUCCACGCGCUCGUCAUCGCCGGCGCGCUCGCGCACUACGGCGCCGCCAUCGUGUUCCUCAAGGCCCGCGACGAGAUGGGCUGUCCGGCGUAGCACCGCCGCCGCCGGGAAGAGAUCGUUUUGCUUUACAGCUUUACUUACAGCAGCAGCAGCAGCAGCAGCAGCAAGUGUGCAAUAUUGAAAUUACCGCCUUCCGAUGAAUGACAGUUGAUUGUCGUUACAGAUUCGUUCCCAAUUUGUACAUAGAAGAAGAUCAUGAUUGGUUAAUCGAUUCUUUCCCGGCUUGAAUCCAA